CUCUGGAACAUCAAUUUUGGACUUGGAGGCAAUUGAGGUUGUAGCAACGCUUCUGGCCGGAUUGGCCGCGGGUUUCUUCUUUUUCUUCCCCCCAGCCAUCUUCAGAGGGAUUCUUUGGAAUCGCGUGCAGCUUCCAAGUGGUGCAAGGAAGCUCUGUCAGAAAAGUGCUGGUGUUUGCGGUCUUGAAAUGCUGUAGUGGCUGUCGGCCAACCUCAAAAACUCGCCGAACUUUUUCCUCACGAGAUUCACGUAUGCCAUGGAUUGGAGUGCCUAAAAUACACCCCGCCACCAACACUAUUACAACGCCAGACGAUCCAAGAGUCCCCGGGCGAUGACAAGCGUGCGAAUAUUACAAAAUGACUGAGGUGGAGGUUAAUGGUAUGGCCGUGGUGGAGCUUGAUCUUGCCGCAACUAGAACCGCGUUGCAUUCUUCUUCCACAACCGCCCGACUCGCAACCCUCCAUAUCCUGGAAGAGAGACUGUCAAAUAAUGGUAAGUUGCUAUUUGACACUUUCCUCUCCUUGAAUCUUAUGCUAACAACACUUUCGUGAUAGAAAUAACCCAAGCCCUCUUCCCUCCACUCCUCCGACUCUUCUUCCGCACAUAUUCCUACUACAACGAUCGAAUUUCGCGUCGCGCCGUUCAACGUUGUAUAAGGAUCAUUUUCAGCUCCGGCGCUGCUCCAGAGGCUCUUGCGGAUUUUGUCAAGCUUGUGCAGACCGAAACUGCAAAGGUCAAAAUCGCACCCUCGGAUGCUUUUGUCCUCGUUGAGUGGUGCAGCAUAUUGCUACAAACUAUACCAGAUACUGUCCAUUGGGAGAAAUGGGGACUAGACACAAUUAUCAGCAAUGCCCAAGCUCUAGAUUUGUGUCUUGGCGAGUCUUCACGUACCAAUGUUAAAAGCUCUGCACUGGUAGUCACUCGGCGCGGGUUACGGACGGUGUUUUCCAAGGAGAAGACGAGAGAAAAAACCAUGGGGGAUGUGGUACGGAAGCUUUCUUCCAAGGGGCCCAACCCUUCUACUAGAAAUUGUGUCAUGCUUGGAGUGGUAGCUGGUGUUUGCGCGAGAAUACCAGAUGCCAAGGAGAUAUUCUCAGUCCAAAGAUCAGAGAUAUAUGCUUUUUACAAUAGAGAGAUUGUGGGAUCGCGGACACCAGUUGCCCCUCACGUGGCCGAUGGACUGAAGGACUUCUUUGCCGAAUUCACGACCAAGGAAGACAUUGAAAAGGAGAUUAUUCCACCCUUUGAGAAAGCCCUCCUCAGAGCUCCUGAAAUUGUUCUGAAUGGUCUGAUUGAGCGUUUCUUCUACCCUCUUCCUGAGUCAAUAGACCUCUCUACUAUCCUUCACGCCAAGCUACUCAAACCAAUUCUUUCAAAUAUCAAGUCCAGUAACGCUUCAAUACGUCAUGGUGCUCUCUCAACAUUCAAAGCUGUUGUUUUGAAAUGCAACGAUGCAGACGUCAUCAAAAAAGUCGCAGAGGAGAUACUCACUCCAUUGAAAACUGGGAAGCUAGCUACAGCAGACCAAAGAGCUAGCCACGCAGAUAUGCUGACUGCUCUCCCUAUUUCCCAAAUCACCGCGACAUUGGUAACUCCUGCUCUAGCCGUUUGCUCUGGGAAGGAGGCCAAUGAGGCAGCGCUCAGCGCACAAACCUCAACUUUUCUUCAUUACCUCCAGUGGGGUCUCUCAAAUAGUCUGGAGGUUCCACGGCCCGCUAUUGAUGCUUUCGUAAAAGGCAUUUCUGACAAGAAAGUGCCUAUCAAAAAGCUUUGGGCGAUUCGUCUAGGGGAGCUAUUCUGGAAUGUCAAAAAUCAUGAAACAUUGAGCUCUGCAUUCUCCGGCCUGGCAGAGGGAGCAAUACCAGCUCUCAUGGAAAUAUGGCAGGAGACUAUCAGCAAUCCUAUUGCAGCGGCUCAAUCUGGUCUUGUGACGGCUGCCUACGUUUUCACAGCCAUAUCAGGUUCAAAGCUCGGGGCCACAUCAAGUAGCAAAGUCGAUGCAGCAUUGAAAAAAGCACAGGUUGCACAUCAAGCGCUAGUAAUGCAACCCAAAUCAUCAUUUCUACUGAAUCACCGCAUUUUUGGUAAACUCUCGAGCAAUGAUGACUUGAAAUGGUUCAUUAGGGCGCUGUCAUCUCUAGCGGCAGACAUUUCGAUUUUAGAGUCAGACUCAACGAAUGUCGUUGCUUGGGCACAAGCCAUGAUAUUUUGUAUUUGUUCGUCUACUGUGCAACCUGAAUUUAGGAAAAAUGCCUCUGAUGCAUUGUCCGAGAUCUAUGUUCAGAAGCCUAAACAAAUUUCGGCGGCUAUCGUUGCUGGACUCUGGCAUUGGCGACAAUGCGUCGAAAUCGGAGAAAAAGACUGUGCAGCAUCUGUCGCCAAAACAGAAUCACAAUGUUUGCGCCUCGUCGUAAAAUCCAUCUGUUUACCACCAGCAGGUACUGCCCAAUUCGGUGGCUCAGUAGAUCAACCUACUCGCCAGGACCAGAUGAUCUCGCUAUUAGUUCUCUGUCGACCGCAGUUGCUACCUCGAAUGAACUGGAUUGACCUGUGUCUAAGAGUAGGGGUCGACCCCGGUAAGCUUGCGCGGGAGUCUGGUGAUGAAUUAAUGAAGCAAAUUCUUCAUUUCACUGGCUUUACUGAGAAUGUAAGUUUACUGGACCGCGAGGACGAUUUCCAUUGACUAACUUCAUAAAAAGCUGGCGCUUCAGCACUCCGAAGUUGUCAAACAGGCCGCGUUUAACGCUGCUGCAGAGCUGGCUUUUGUUGCUCCAGACGUCAUGACUUCACAGAUCGUUGAUCUUGUUCAGAACGAUCUUGAUACUGCUCAACUGGCAGGCGUUGGACCUACAGAAGCAGCUAUCUUCCGAACCGAAGAAGGCACGCCCUUCGUUGAUGUUUUAGCAUCGAAAUCUCAAAGUUAUGUUCCAAACAAGAACACCAAGGAUUACGAUACGCUAAAGUGGGAGGAAGAUUUGAGAGCUCAACUCGCGCAGAAGAAAGGACAACAGAAGAAACUGACGCCCGAAGAAUCGGCCAAAGUCAAGGCCCAGUUACAGAAGGAAUCAGAAAUCCGACUUAAUCUUCGAUAUGUUGCAGCGAGACUCCUGCGUGGAAUUGGUAUAAUCCACAGUCUUGCGACAGGACCUCCUACAGGAGCGCAAUUAUGGAUCGGACCUGCUGUAAAAGCUCUAGUUGAUGUUAUUAAUGCGGGUGCCGGACUUCUUGUCGGGAAUGCUGCCCCCGAUGCGUACAUAUCUUGUUCGCAAACUCUUGCAAGCCGUAUUGGGGCACUUCGUCCGUUCAUUGGAAUAGCCACUUUGAGAGCUCUGAAUGUCCCACAUUUGGACGAGCAGCUCAUACAAGAACCUCUUGGACCCCUGAUUACACGUGUGCUUUAUCGCCUCAGAUUUUCCGGAGAACAACGCCCAUUCGAUACGGUUUCUUUGACGUAUAUACUACCGCUUGUUUUCCUCGUGCUACGUGAAAGAGGGUUCGGAGACACCGAUGACGCUGAAGCUCAAAUUGUUCUUGCCCUGGAGUUCUUAACGUUCCAUACUGAUGCUUGCUCUGAUAGUUUGGUGCCACGCGAUGAAGUCUUGACAAUCUUGAUAUCUUCAAUGCAGGCGUACAACCAGCAUUACAAAAUCAUUAAGGACUGUUUGGCCGAUCUCUCUCGUUGUAUUGCGCCUAAUAUAACCGAUCCAGAGAUUUCAAUUCUUGCUCAGGGUGCCAUCGUACCUCAGAUCGCGGUCAGAACAGCAGUUUUGCAAUCUAUUAGUGCAGAGAUUGACAUGAGCGAUCUCGACUUUUCCGAAGAAAUUUGGCUUGCAUGUCAUGACGACGUUGAUGAAAAUGUAGAGCUUGGUCGGGAAAUUUGGGAAGAGAGCGGGUUUGAGAUAUCCACUGAAUCGCCAACUAGGAUGUUAUCAUAUCUCAAUAGUCUCGACAAACAGCUUCGUAGAGCUGCCGCAAGAUCCAUAGCGGAGGCCGUACAACUGCAUCCAUCCACUCUCCAAGAUGUGCUCGACCGACUACGAGCUUCGUAUAAAGAACUGGCAAAGCCUAGAGUCCCCCAACUCGACGAAUAUGGCAUGCCUAAGAAAAUGGACUUAUCGGAUCCUUGGGAGGCUAGGAAUGGUAUAGCCAUCGCAUUCAAGGAACUUGCACCAGUAUUUGAAGAUGAUUUGCUAGAUGAUUUCCUACGAUUCCUCAUUGAGGAGGGGCCGCUGGGAGACCGAAACCCAAAUGUAAGAGAAGAAAUGGUCGAGGCUGCUACGACAAUUAUCGCACUCCAUGGCAAGAACAAAGUUGAAGCUUUAAUGAAGACCUUUGAACAGACAUUAGAAGCUCCAGAUAAAGGCUCCGAAUUUGCUGAUCGGGUCAACGAGGCAGUCAUUAUCAUGUAUGGUGCUCUGGCUCGUCACUUAAACACAGGGGACGACAGAAUACCGAAGGUCGUCAAUCGGCUUUUGGAAACACUCAGCACUCCAUCAGAAGCCGUACAAUACGCCGUUGCAGAAUGUUUGCCGCCCCUCGUUCGCGCCUCAAGCGAAAGCACCCCGGACUAUUUCCACUAUGUUAUAGACAAACUAUUGAACUCCAAAAAGUACGCAGCCCGUCGUGGUGCUGCCUAUGGACUUGCUGGCCUCGUUAAUGGAAAAGGAAUUUCUGCCUUGAGGGAAUUUCAGGUGAUGAGGACCCUGAAGGCAGCAAUCGAGAAUAAGAAGGAUGUCAACCAUAGAGAGGGUGCUCUGUUGGCAUACGAACUCCUGCCAACCAUCUUGGGCCGGGUCUUUGAACCUUAUGUCAUUCAAAUCGUGCCACAACUUCUUUCGAGCUUUGGCGAUGCUAGUGCUGAUAUUCGAGACGGAUGUCUGGCUGCAGCUAAAGCAUGUUUUGCCAGCUUAAGUUCAUACGGUGUCAAGAAAAUCCUGCCAACGCUGUUAGAUGGUUUGGACGAUCAGCAGUGGAGAAGUAAAAAGGGUGCAUGCGACCUUCUUGGAGCUAUGGCGUACCUAGACCCCCAACAACUUGCGUCAAGUUUGCCAGAAAUUAUUCCACCUUUGACAGGGGUCCUCAAUGAUAGUCACAAGGAGGUCCGACUUGCAGCCAAUCGAAGUUUGAAGCGCUUCGGAGAAGUUAUCAACAACCCAGAAAUCAAGAGUCACGUGGAUGUACUUCUCAAAGCACUUAGCGAUCCUACGAAAUAUACGGAUAAUGCUUUGGACUCUCUGAUCAAGGUAUCUUUCGUCCAUUAUUUGGAUGCACCGUCUCUUGCUCUGGUCGCUCGCAUUCUGGAGCGUGGACUGAGUGACAGAUCAGCGACGAAACGAAAAUCUGCUCAAGUCAUUGGAAGUCUUGCGCACUUGACAGAGAGAAAAGAUCUUGUUUCGCAUUUGCCUAUUUUGGUAGCCGGUCUCAAAGUUGCCAUUGUGGACCCAGUUCCUACAACACGUGCAACUGCCUCAAAAGCACUAGGUUCUCUCAUUGAGAAGUUGGGAGAAGAUGCUCUUCCAGAUCUUAUACCGGGAUUGAUGCAGACAUUAAAGUCAGACACAGGUGCUGGGGACAGACUUGGAUCCGCUCAAGCCCUCAGCGAGGUACUUGCAGGAUUGGGUACCAGUCGUCUGGAGGAGACCUUGCCAACCAUUUUGCAAAAUGUCAGCUCAAACAAGGCGGCUGUGCGAGAGGGGUUCAUGUCGCUUUUCAUUUUCUUACCGGUUUGCUUUGGAAACAGUUUUGCAAACUACCUCAGCAAAAUCAUUCCUCCAAUUCUUGCAGGUCUUGCAGACGAUGUCGAAUCAAUUCGUGAUACCUCGCUCCGUGCUGGUCGACUUUUGGUAAAGAACUUCGCUACGAAAUCUAUUGAUUUGCUCCUUCCCGAGCUUGAGAGAGGUCUCGCCGAUGAUAGCUACAGAAUCCGUCUCAGUUCAGUGGAAUUGGUUGGCGAUUUGUUGUUCAAUCUUACUGGAAUAUCUGCCAACACCGAACAAGACGAAGUUGAGGAAGGUGCGCAAGAAGCAGGAGCUUCUUUGUUGGAAGUACUUGGAGAAGAAAAGAGAAACAAAGUACUCUCGUCGUUAUACAUCUGCCGCUGCGAUACUUCAGGCCUUGUUCGCACUGCUGCAGUCAAUGUUUGGAAGGCAUUGGUUGCAAGUCCCAGAACUCUCAAGGAACUUAUUCCUACCCUUACGCAGCUCAUUAUCAGACGUCUGGGAAGCUCAAAUAUGGAGCAAAAGGUUAUUGCUGGUAAUGCUCUUGGAGAACUUAUUCGCAAGGCCGGUGAUGGCGUACUAUCUACAUUGCUACCAACUUUGGAGGAAGGCUUGCAGACAUCCACAGAUACGGACGCCAAGCAAGGUAUCUGCAUCGCACUCCGAGAACUCAUUUCUUCAGCAUCUCCGGAUGCACUAGAAGAUCACGAGAAGACCCUUAUCUCAGUUGUCAGAGUUGCUCUUAUUGACUCCGAUGAAGAUGUCCGCGAGGCGGCAGCAGAAGCUUUCGACUCCUUGCAACAAAUCUUAGGCAAGAGAGCUGUAGACCAAGUUUUGCCAUAUCUCUUGAACCGUCUUCGAACAGAAGACGAAGCGGACAAUGCCCUAUCUGCACUAUUGACCUUACUCACCGAGACAACAAGAUCGAAUAUCAUCCUUCCAAAUCUCAUACCCACCCUUACCGCCCCCCCGAUGUCCGCAUUCAAUGCCAAAGCACUUGCUUCUCUUUCCACCGUUGCCGGCUCCUCGAUUACCCGAAGAUUACCAGCUAUUCUCAACGCUCUUAUGGACAACAUCAUAUCUUGCAAGAACGAAGAAUUACUGACCGAUCUCAAUGCAUCAUUCGAUACUGUUGUUCUUUCUAUCGAUGAGUUUGAUGGGCUCAACACUGCUAUGAAUGUUCUCCUAACACUUGUCAAACAUGAAGACCAUCGAAGACGUGCUGCAACCGAUUAUCAUCUCGCCAAGUUCUUCGCCGCAGCAUCAGUUGACUACUCCCGAUAUAACCAAGAGAUCAUCAGAGCCCUUCUUAUGUCAUUCGACGACCGGGACCCGGAGGUGGUGAAGGCCGCCUGGACGGCCUUGACGGAGUUUACCAAACACCUUAAAAAGGAGGAGAUGGAAUCGCUUGUAUACUCAACGCGCCAAACUUUGCAGCAGGUUGGGAUCGCAGGGGCACACCUGCCAGGAUUUGGCCUUCCCAAAGGAAUAAAUGCUAUUUUGCCAAUUUUCUUGCAAGGCUUGAUGAACGGUACUGCAGAACAACGAACCCAAGCUGCCCUUGCCAUAUCAGAUGUUGUUGAUAGGACAAGUGGGGACUCUCUUAAGCCUUUCGUUACUCAAAUCACCGGUCCGCUUAUUCGAGUUGUCUCCGAAAGAUCAGUAGAAGUCAAGGCCGCUAUUUUGUUGACUUUGAACAACUUACUCGAGAAGAUUCCAACCCUAUUGAAGCCCUUCCUUCCUCAACUCCAGCGAACUUUUGCCAAAUCCCUCGCUGAUACUUCAAGCGAGGUUCUGAGAAGUAGAGCCGCAAAGGCUUUGGGAACAUUGAUCACCUUGACACCUCGUAUUGAUCCUCUUAUUGCAGAACUUGUCACAGGUUCAAGAACAUCUGAUGCUGGUGUCCGAACUGCAAUGUUGAAGGCACUGUAUGAAGUCAUCAGCAAGGCAGGUGCUAAUAUGGGCGAGGCGUCAAGAAAUGCUGUUCUUGGAUUGAUAGAUACGGAUGUGGAAGAUAGUGAUGUUUCUAUGGCUAUUACGAACGCCAAAUUAUUGGGAGCCUUGAUUAAGAACGUACCAUCUGAGAAUGCCGCUGGUCUGAUCAAGAAUCGGGUUAUGACAACGCACUUCAGUCAGGCAUCGGUGCUAGCCUUGAAUGCCGUCCUUUAUGAGUCGGCUUCGUCGCUGACUGAAAGUGCCUUUGCUGAAGACUUGCCCAAAGUCAUCUGUCAGGGCAUGUUAAGCAAAAACGUAAGUUAAUCGUCCCUGCGCGUUUCAUAUCGCUAACAUAGAUCUAGAACUUCAUAUCAGAUAAUUGUGUUCUGGCGGCAGGGAAAUACCUGCUCUCUGAAAGUCGAAGCAGCGAGUUUGAGACCUUGAAGCCCAUCUUUGAAGCGCUAGCAGGUCUCAUUCAACCUGGCAAUUCAGUUGAUACUCGAAGACUUGCUCUCGUUAUUAUCCGCACUGCUUGUCGCCAUCACAUGGAGCUUGUUCGACCGCACCUUCCGUUAUUGGCACUGCCAGUCUUUGCAAGUGUCAGAGACCCCGUCAUUCCAAUCAAGCUUGCCGCAGAGGCAGCCUUCAUGGCUCUGUUCAACGUGGUAGAUGAAGAAAGUAAAGUCUUUGACAAGUACAUCUCAACUCAGAACCUUGCAGCAAACCAAAAGAGGAGCAUGCAGGAUUACUUUAAGCGAGUUGCAUUGAGACUCGGUAACACUGCACGAGAGAGGAGAGAAGCCGAGGGUGGUCAAGGUGGAUUGGGGCUCUCCAAUGAUGAGCUAGAUGAUGAACGGGAGAUCCAGAGUAUUGGGAAGGUUGACCUUGGUGACGGGGUUUUUGAUGAGUAAAUGAUAGCAUGAGUAUCGCGAGUGUGUUGAGGUAGCAUGAGUGGGAGUUCUUAUUCCAUUUUCACAUCUCAGGGGAUUUUCUUGAGACAAAAGUACAGUAGUUAGGUAGGUUAAUAGAUGAGCCUGUUUUUUUCAGAUGCACUCUUUGGACUACCAUUUAUUGGACGAGCGAUUUGCCUGUAGGUUGUUCAUCAUGAUUAGCGAAGGCUUGGUUUAUCCCGACUGUUCUCGUUAUUUAAUAUCCCUAGAUAUUCUCACGUCGUCAUUUGAACUACAUGGAAUUGUGUGAAUUAUAAUUAAAACGUUUCAAGCGACCAUUUGAAUUACUCGGAAUCCAGGAGUAAUCGCUGGGAAGUUCACCGGGAAGUUGGGACAGCAAGGAAGCUAUUUGGUUGCCGCUUUGAUUUCGGGCCAAUCUCGGUACGCAGCACUCCAGUAGGGCAUUUAGCGAAGCAAGCCCUGUCGUCCCGCACUGAAAAUUCCAAAUUUUGACAGAUCACAUGAUUUAGCGCCAAACACGAUAACCUUGGACUCCUCCACCUAGAUUGAUUGAGGUUUGGAACUAUCGACAACCAACGACAUCACCAUCGACGACCACCCCGGAAGCAGUCAAGAUGUAAGCAGAAAAUACCCUCCUGGAAUCCCCAUCUCGAUGCUGCCACAAAUUGCGACGCUCAAUUCGAUUCGGGGCUCAUUGGCAGACGAGUUAUCGAGAUUUGAUCUCCCCUCCCGAAAUCGCCACAAACCGUCCGCUAACAUAAAUUUCUCACGAUAGGGUCAACUUAACCACCCAAAAGCGCCUUGCGGCAUCCGUUGUAGGAUGUGGAAAGCGCAAGAUUUGGCUCGAUCCCAAUGAGACCAGCGAAAUCUCCAAUGCCAACUCGCGCCAAACCAUCCGAAAGCUCGUAGCUGAUGGACUCAUCAUCCGCAAGCCAGUCACCAUGCACUCCCGAUCCCGAGCCCGCGAACUCACAGCAGCACGAAAGAUUGGUAGACACCGUGGUUUCGGUAAGAGAAAGGGUACAGCAGACGCUCGUAUGCCAAGGUACGCACCUAUGGAAGGAGAUGAUGGGGUGAUUCUUUGGAGGGGCCAAGUCUGAUAAAUUCUAUAGCCAGAUCGUCUGGAUGCGACGUCUUCGUGUUCUCCGCCGUCUCUUAGCCAAGUACCGUGCCAGUGGCAAGAUCGAUAAACACCUGUACCACGAACUUUACCACCUGAGCAAGGGUAAUACCUUCAAGCACAAGAGAGCGUUGGUCGAGCACGUACGUUGCGUUGCCACUUGCAUUGGACUCGCUAUGCAAAUACUGACAUCCGGAAUAGAUCCACAAGGCCAAGGCUGAGGCCGCCCGUGACCGAACUGAGAGACAACAGAUGGACGACAAGCGUGCUAAGGUCAAGGCUGCCCGUGAGCGAAAAUUGGAGAGAGCUGCUGCUAAGCACAAGGAGUUGUUCGGUGAUGCGGAAGAGACCGACACAAAGUAAAGAAAUACGCAGUUUUGUUGGUAGCAUUGGGAGUGUUUGGCAAGG